CAUGUCAUCAUCCCUACAUGUUUACCACGCUGUCAGCUGUCAGCAUGUCACUGUCAGUAAUGCCCACAGCGCGUUCUCACAUGUGACCGUGACUCUCACAACUGCUCUCCUGACCGACUCAGACUCGAGACGCGAGCAUAAUCAUGCUGGAUAUCGACGUCGAGGCUUACUACCGGGAGAAAGAUCUUCGGAUGAGUAUUCCAGAUGAUGAUGAAGAUGAAUUCAUACAGAGACUUGCGGAAUCGCGCCAACCAGCCGAACGCGAUCGGACAUUCUUCAGGGUCGCAAAUAAUAGAUCCAAAGGCACCAGAUUCUCGUCUGCCUUUCGCGCUGAUAUGGAAAUGGAGACGAACGAGGACACUGUCCCAGCCUUGCUCAGCUCAUUUGGAAGACUUCCCGAGAUACCUCUUUCCGAAGAUAGAAGCAGAAAACGCAAGCGAGAUGAAACAGAAAGUGGAACUUCGCCGCGCCAGCGUUUUCAGAGCGCGAGAUAUCCCCGGCAUACAUCACCUUUGCGCAUGAAGGAAACGUCGCUGGAGGUUAUGGAGCCGCAGUUGGCUGUGACAGAUACCAAAGCAGAUGUGGCUCUAGCAGACCAAUCUAACGAUCUCAGCACGGAUGGUUCUUCCCCGGCCCGGAAAGCCCCCACGUCCGAUACAAGGAAACCGGCCUCCACGCGCCAACUAGAGAAAAGGUUCGGCAAGCCGCCGGACCUGAAGAUUCCCACUCAGAUAUUGCCCCCGACUAUCGAUCUGACAUCGUCUCCCAUCGAAGAACCUGACUUCUCCGUCCUCGUUUCGCGAUUCGAGCCGCAGGCCCAGUCGACGCAACGCCCACUCGCUGCUAACGCGAGCAUCCACUUUCUGCAGAUGAAGGAACGUGUCGAAAAUGUGAAGCGGCUGAAGCUCGAGAAGAAACUGCGUAAGGAGGCAUCUAAGGUAAAGGCGAGCGCCGCGGCCUCUGGUGAUGAAUCGGCAAUCGAAUCGGUAUCGUCCUCGUCUUCUCGGCCGUCAUCUCCUGCACCGCAAUCCAAGACCGUGGCUCCAGGGAAAGACAAGGGAAAGGCUAAAGCACUGCCUGAUCUGCCCAAGAAGGCUGCGCCCCCCGCGAAGAAAGGGAAGAAGGUGAAGAUGAUGCCCAUAGAUUACGCGCAGAUGGUAAAGGAGCGAGCUGAAGCACCACUGCCCCCUGGAACUAAGCGCCCUCGUGGAGAUCGUAUCCUGAAGGGAAAGCGAAUAUUCUUUACGGGCGGCGACAUGAGCUUUGCUUCCGAUGCGACUAUGGGGCGCAUGGAUAUAAUCAUCAAACUCGGAGGAACGCUCUGUCCCAGGUUCGAUCCUGCCGUCGUCACGCACAUCAUCACAGAGGCCGCUGAGAAAUCGACGCUGCGUGCAUUGGGCGUGACGACCUUCGAAGAGAUACCUGAGCACAUUCCGAUCGUCAGAUGGAGCUGGGUCUUCAAGAGUGCGUCUCUUGACGAUGCGACUCCAUUUGCUGCGUUCCCAGGACGCUGGCCCCGUCCCGUGGUCAAAGUGCAGGGCACGGAAGCGAAACGUGCAUCGUCAUCGAGCGUUGCUUUCUCCACAUCAGAUCGGGUCUUGGGAGGAGCAUUAAUGAGUGGAGGCAGGAAACGCGAUCGGGCUGGGGGGCUGCCGAAGCGCAACAUCCACGACUCGGAGGAGUCUGAAGACGAGACACCCGUUGCUGGACCAUCGACAUCGAGGCCUAAGACACCCACCAAUCCAGAUCCUCUCGCAGGUUUCUACGCUCAAGCCAAGGAGGAGUUUGAUCGCGAGAAUGCAGAGCAGCCUGUGCCAGCUGAGGAGGAUCCAGGUACUGACGACGAGGACGAGAAGCGCGGUCCGUCCAAGAAACGGGGAUGGACCUGCGACAGCCGGCAGAAUAUGCGGAAAGACGGGCCGAACGAAUUCGUGGCCCAGAAGCUCGAAGAACUCAAGGAGCUGCAUGCGGCAAAGGCCGGGGACGAUGACAGGUGGCGAGUGUUUGCGUAUCGGAAAGCGAUCCCCGCACUUCGGAACUAUCAUAAACGGAUUGAGUCCUUGGAGGAGGCACGUUGUAUCCAGGGGAUCGGAGAUAAGACUGCCACGAAAAUCAUGGAGAUCGUCGAGACAGGCGAUCUGCGGCGGAUCAAGUACGAGAACACAGAGGACGUGCAGAUCCGGAAAGUGUUCCAGGGCAUCUAUGGUGUUGGACAAGCGACCGCGUUGAGGUGGUAUACUUUUGGUUGUCGUACGCUGGACGAUGUCAGAGCUGGCAAAGGUGGUGUUGUCUUGACUCCUGCGCAGAAGAUAGGGCUUGAAUUUUACGACGACAUCAACACCCGGAUGCCUCGAGAAGAAGCUCAGGCUAUCUUCCAACUCAUCAAGCCUAUCGCUCUGCGCAUCGACCCCAAGCUCGAAGUGCACAUCAUGGGGAGCUUCCGGCGCGGGAAAGCGACCUGCGGAGACAUCGAUAUCAUGAUCACGCGCUGCCCGGAUGACGGGCGGACGAUCGCUGGGCUGCUCCAUGAACUGCUGAGGAUACUGCACAAGAAGAAAAUCAUCACGGAACAUCUGGCGAUGCCCGAGGAUCCGCACGACGAGGAAGCCAUCUAUCGAGGGCUCUGUCGGCUUCCGGAGCCUGGAUCGCGUCGGCGGCGGAUCGACUUUCUGACUGUUCCGUGGAAGUCACGCGGCGCUGCGUUGCUGUAUUAUACUGGCGAUGAUAUUUUCAAUCGGGCGAUGCGGCUCAAGGCCAAUCAUCUCGGGUACUCGUUGAACCAGAAGGGCUUGUACGCGGGGGUCGUGCGGGACCCGAAGAACCGCAUGGUUAAGCUGAAUGCGGGGAACAUCGUCGCGUCCGAGACGGAGGAGGAGAUCUUCAGGAUUCUAGACGUGCCGUACCAGGAGCCGCACGAGCGGGUCAGAAGUUGAUAGCUGCGGCUGGGCCAGUGUCCGCAUGGUCAUGGCGAUGGGAACCCCGCCUUUGUCUUGGGAGAGUGUUUUCUCGGAUAUGACGCGGCGCCGCGGCGGCGGUCUUGUUGCCCGGAGAUCUGGGAUGGUGUGAAGAUCAUGCCGCGGCAGACACCUUCUCGGCAUUCCCGCAGCGUAAGUACUUAUGAGUGGUGUCGACGUUAUGGCCGACUCAAGGGCGGCCUGGUUCAGCUUGAACCAGCUUUGUGUGCAUAUGGGACACCUGGAUGAAUGGAUGAUGGAUGGAUUGAACGCGAAGAUCUGUGCAGGAGUCUGUGCCUGCAUACGGUAGCAUUGGCCGAAGGCGUAUGCUGCGGGCAAAACGACGACACUGACAAUGCACUCGGCAAAGACCUGGCAGGGUAACUGUCUCGUCGCUGAGGGAGCUCGAGUGAAAGCAGCGAGCUGGUUCGGAUAUUGGCAGGGAAAGGUCGCAGAAGCCACACCCCUUCAAUACACAUUUUCAUUCUGCCAGCAACAGGAAUCGCUCCACGAUCGCUGACCACCGGCUUCAGAGCAGGUACUGCUAUACGGCUGAUCAUCAGCUCAUGCUGAGCGUGGAGAGUGGGUAGUUGCGAGAGCUUGGCCGCUUAGACCGAGUUCACACUAUUGGUGUAUUCGUAAUGAAAACAUAAUUAUGUGGAAUAGAGGCUCAGCACUGUGGAGGUAAAGGUAAAGAAUUGCAAUUAGGAUUGUAGAAUUGCAAGGACCCCGGUAACUGAGCAUUUCCCGUCUGGCCCAAUGACUGAUCGUAUACGUACCCGGCUGCGCGCAGUAAGUACGGCGUCGGUGCCGAGGUGGGCACGUACCAUGGUCAAUGACGGCCACGGCGAAGAGUUUAUCGUAGAGUCAUCGACAUCAUCAAAUUUACGGGUCCGUGGGUUCCUUUCUAUAUAAAGAUCCAUGUCGCACCACGCGCAGCAACGCAGAAGUCGCUGUUGCUCCAGGCCCUCAAGCUCAAGGCCCGCACCGCGCCCUCCCUGCCCGUCGGCAACUCAUGCGUUUCUUCUCUAACCCGUUUAAACCGACGCCCGCGCAGCCUGGAUUUGGCACGGGCAAGGUCCUGCCGAAGGAACAUGCGUCGUUCCUCUCCAAGGUCGCCGUCCACUGGCUCGGCCCCUUCCUCGAUGUAGGAUUCUCGCGCCCGCUGGAGAAAGAGGAUUUGUACGAGCUGCCGCCCGAUUACUUGACGAGUGCGACCACCGACCAGUUCGAGGCCAACUUCUAUCGCCGCUGUCCGCCUGAACAGCGCCCAGAGGCUUUCCGCGACCCAGAGAAUGCCGAUUCGUUGAAUGGCGCGGAGACGGUUUCGGUGGAUUCGGGCACCAAGGAGGGCAAGGAGAAUCUGAAGGAGGCGGGAGAAGAGGCGUCCACGAAGACUGCGAAGACGAAGACGAAGUCAAAGAAGAAAAAGGUCAAGUCUGAAUUCGACUCAUCGCUGUCUCGAGCUCUUUUGCGCACCUUCUUCUGGCGCAUCGCGGGCGGGGGCAUCCUCAAGCUGUUUUCUGACACCCUUAAAACGACCACGCCGUUGCUGAAUAAGGUGAUCCUCUCCUGGCUGUCGACGUCCUACGCCUAUUACCGUGCAACGGAUGCGGAGCGCGCAUCAGGUCUUCUGCAAAAGCCCCAAGGAAUUGGGUACGGGGUUGGACUUGCCUUUGGGUUGUUUGCAAUGCAAGAAUGCGCCAGUAUCAUGGCCAACCACUCCGAACAAAUCAUGAUGGCGCUCGGAUUGUCGGUGCGCACAGGUGUGAUUGGCGCCGUGUUUCGCAAGUCCCUCCGGCUCUCCGGCCGCGCGCGCCUCGAGCACAGUGUCGGACAGACGACCACGAUCAUCUCAGCCGACUCAGCGCGUCUCGAUCGAUUCUCGCAGUUUGGACACAACAUUUGGGUUGCUCCAAUACAGCUUGUUAUUGGUGUUGCCCUGCUCAUCAACAAUCUGGGAUAUUCAGCGCUGGUUGGAUUAGGUGUCUUGCUGCUGGGUUUCCCCGUGCAGAUGGUGCUUGUCAAGGUCAUGUUUGCCCAGCGGAAGAAGGGCGUCAAGAUCACGGACACCCGUGUCCGUUUGUCAAACGAGGUUCUUCAAGGGAUUCGGCUGAUCAAGUACUACGCCUGGGAGGCGUUCUACACCCACCAGAUCGGCACCCUGCGCGAACGUGAGAUCGCGACUGUGCGCAAGACAGCGAUCGCACGUGCUGUCCUAAUAGCGCUCGUAACGCUGAUUCCAAUGCUAGCGUCCAUCCUGUCAUUCAUCACCUACGCGCUCAGCGGGCACAAUCUGAACGUCGCGAUCAUCUUCAGUUCCUUGCAAUUCUUCAACAUCAUCCGCACCCCUCUCGUCUUCCUGCCGUUCGUUUUGUCUGCGCUGUCCGAUGCGUUGGUGGCUCUGCGCCGCAUCGGGUCGUUCCUCACCGCCGAGGAGCUGCCGCCACCUUUCCCCAUCGACAGCGAGCAGAAGAACGCUGUCGAGGUCAACGCCAGUUUCGCGUGGGAGACCGCUGGAAGAUUGGACGACAAGUUUGAUGUGGGCAAAGCGGGCAAGAAGGGCAAGGGCAAGGCGAAGAAAGCCAAGGCAAAGAAGCAGGGACAGCUGCCGACAACUGCUACGGAAGGAGGAGGAGAGACAGGAACCAGUACGCCGGCAGUGGAAGAGAAACCGUUUGAGCUCAACAACCUCCGUCUGAGUAUCCCGAGAGGCUCUUUCGUUGCAAUUGUCGGCAAAGUGGGCUCUGGCAAGAGUUCCCUGCUUCAGGCCAUGAUCGGAGAGAUGCGCCGGACGGAGGGCACCGUUGUCUUUGGAGGAUCCAUCGGCUACGUCGCCCAAUCAGCCUGGAUCCGGAACGCGACUCUCGGAGACAACAUUACCUUUGGUCAGGAACUCAAGCCCGAUCGUUUUGAAGACGUGGUGAGAGCUUGCAAUCUCGAGCACGACCUUGAGAUGCUGCCUCAUGGCGCAAAGACCGAGAUCGGCGAGCGAGGAAUCAAUCUGUCUGGAGGCCAGAAAGCUCGUGUGGCCCUGGCCCGUGUCGCGUAUUCUUCCUCAGACAUCGUGCUGCUGGACGAUCCACUGAGCGCCGUCGAUUCCUACGUCGGCAAAGCCAUUCUUGACAACUGCAUCCUCCACGGCCCGCUCGCAAGCCGGACGCGGAUCCUGGUCACGCACGCUCUGCACGUCUUGGACAAGACCGACUACAUCUAUGUUAUGGACAACGGCGUGAUCUCGGAGCAAGGGACCUUCGACAGCCUAAUGAAAGACGGCGCGCUCUUCUCUCGGCUGAUGGAGGAGUAUGGGAACCUCGAGCAGGAGGAAGCAGAGGCGGAAGAGACGGAGAAAGAAGAAGCCGAGAAGGCCGAGAAGAAGGAUGAGGCGAGCAAGGACCAGUCUGCGUUGAUGCAGGCCGAGGAGAGGAGCACCGGUGCUGUGUCAUGGGAUGUUUACUCCAAGUAUUUCCAGUAUGGCGGGAGUAUCCUGUGGGCACCAGUUAUCUUGCUCCUCCUCACCCUGUCGCAAGCGGCGCAGGUCGGCAACAACUUGUUCCUCGGAUUCUGGACGGCGGAAUCUAUUCCCGGCUUCCACCAGGGCGACUACAUGGCCGUGUAUGCCGGGUUGGGCUUUGCAACGUCUAUAUUCUCGUUCGCGCUCAGUAUCGCGCUGUCCAUUUCGAGUCUGAUUGCAAGUCUGAGUCUGUUCAAGGCUGGACUUUCCCACGUCCUGCGCUCGCCGACAUCCUUCUUCGAUACAACGCCCAUGGGACGGAUUCUCUCACGACUGGUGAAAGACCAAGACACGCUCGACAACAUCCUGUCCAUGACACUGAACCAGCUGCUCUCGACGUUCAGUAACGUGCUCGGAACCGUCGCGCUUGUGUUCUACACUUUCCCGUAUCUUGGCAUCAUCUUCGUGCCCAUGUCGAUCAUGUAUUAUCUCGUCGCGCUGUACUAUCGACGCUCGUCGGUCGAGACCAAGCGACUGGAUUCCCUCAUGCGGUCGACCCUGUACGCGUCCUACACAGAAACGCUGACUGGCCUGUCGACUAUCCGGGCUUACCGGGAACAGGACGACGCUAUCCGGCAUGCAGAACAUGGCUUGGAUCUGGAGAACAGAGCGUAUCUGAUGACCAUUACCUUGCAAGCAUGGCUUGGGCUCCGCCUCGACGUCUUCGGGAACAUUCUCAUCUUUGGCAUUGCUAUCUUUGCCGCUGGAUUCCGAAAGUCUGUCGAUCCCAGCAAGAUUGGUGUGGUAUUGUCUUACACCCUCAGUAUCACGCAAAUCUUCUCGCAAAUGGUGAACAUGUUCGCGCAGAACGAGCAGAACAUGAACUCCGUCGAGCGCCUCGUCGUGUACGCGGAACUUCCAGCAGAGGGAGCGCCAACGACACCGAACGACCCACCCGCCUCGUGGCCUGAGCAUGGCCAGAUCACGUUCAAGGAUGUCCAGAUGGCGUAUCGGGAAGGUCUGCCGUUGGUGCUCAAGGGCGUCAGCUUCGACGUCAAGGCUGGGGAGAAGAUCGGGAUCGUCGGUCGGACGGGGGCGGGCAAGAGCUCUCUGCUGCAAUGCUUGUUCCGCAUAGUCGAGCUGCAAUCGGGUGAAGUCAACAUUGACGGAACGAAUAUCGCAGGGGUUGGUCUGGAUGUGUUGAGAGGCCGGCUGGCGCUGGUCCCGCAGGACAGCGUGCUGUUCCUGGGCACUCUGCGCGAGAACUUGGACCCACAAAACUCGAGGACGGACGCAGAGCUGUUAUCCGUGCUUCAGCGCGCAUGGCUACUACCGCGACCUGGGGAACCGUCAGACCCCAUAGCCGAAGCCAAGUUCAGUCUGAAUUCCACGAUCGGCGACGAGGGCUCCAAUUAUAGUGCCGGGGAGAAACAGCUGCUCGCUCUCUGUCGAGCAUUGGUGAAAAAUAGCCCGAUCAUCGUUCUGGACGAGGCUACGAGCAGCGUCGACGUCGAGACGGAUGCGAAACUGCAGCGGACGAUCCGGACAGAGUUUGCAAGCUCUACGCUGCUUUGCAUCGCACAUCGGCUUAAUACGAUCGCCUACUACGACCGGAUUUUGGUGAUGGACCAGGGUCAAGUGGCCGAGUACGACACGGUUCUGAACCUGUUUGACAAGGAGGACUCGAUCUUCCGCUCGCUCUGCAACGAGGCGAAUCUUUCGAGGGCGGAUAUCUUGCGUAUCCGGGCUGAUAACGUAUAACAUCUGGAACGCUCACGACCUACUACGCCUCACUCACGGCUUGGAUAUCCUAUAUAGAGUUGAUAUUUGUACUAAUGGGAUACACGACUGACUACGAUUACUUGAAUUCAGCACAGUACCAGAAGCAUCGUUGGCGUCAACAAUUGAGGUCAUGAACACCAGGUCAGGCCUCGAUCAUUGCCAAAAGUGAGUGUGUG